UAAUUAUCGAUCUAAAAGUUGGCUAGCCCAUUUUGACAUUCAAAACCCAAAAAAACCAGCCCAGUAGAAUCUUGAUUCUAUAAUCAAACUGAGAAUACCGAGAUUUUCUCAACAAAAUUUGAUCAAAACCCCUUUCAAGAAACAAAAAAUUACAUCAAAAUCAAAUCUGUUCAUGCAUCAUUCUGUGAUAAAUUCCACACACCCAUAAAACCCCAAGAGCGAAGAACAAACAUAAAAUAACUUUUAUGGGGCAAAACACAGGCGCAAGUGGGAAAGGCAAGAAAGAAGAGGAAAUGAAAAAGGAAACAGUAGAAGAAGAAGAGGAAGUGGAAGAAGGUGGGGAAGAAGAAGGAGAGCAAGACGAACAAGAUGGCAUGUCCGUACAUUCUCCUUGUAAACCUCCUUCUUCUGCUCUUCGUAAGGAGCAAUCACAGGUGGAAUUGGAGAUAAGAUUGUUGGAGGCUCUUGAAAUCUAUCCUCCUGCCAAAUUGAGAGGCAUACAUCGUCAUUUUGUCCUUUACGGCUUAACAGAAUAUCUGCGUAGAAGCUUCAAUAGGCAAUUUGCUCCUGAUGAUGUUUUGAAGCUGCUGGAUCGCUUCUACAACUUGGAAAUGGUGAAACCAGAUGAUGAGGAUGCAGAACUCCUAAAUCAAGAGGAAGAAUUUUCGUUGCCGGAGAGUUAUUUCUCGAAGGAAGAAUCUUGAACGAGUUUGAAAUCGAUAUGGAUUUUGGACUUCACCUCUGGCAAUUCUUGUAUAGUAGUAUCAGAAUGGUUAAAUUCUUUUUGUUCUUGUUGCCAUAAUCAAUCUGGUACUCUUUUCUUGAAUCUUCUUAAAUUGGCAAAUUCUAAACCUUACUGAAAUUUUUGUAUGCAUGCUGAGAAUUGAUUUCAGCUUUCCUAAUACAGACAGUUGAUCUUUUUACAUA